CAAGAUGAAUAGAAUAAAGAAGCCUGCCAACGAUACCAAAAGGAGACCAAAGUUUGAUGGUCACAGACACAGAGAUCUGAACAGUGGUUACAGAAAAAACUACGGUUUUAAAGGAAAAUAUGGGCUCAGUUCGAACUUGAAUCCGAAAAAAAAUAGUUUUCACAAACAGAGAGAAUCAAGAAAAGAUAGUGAUGAGAGUGAAAUCGACAGUGAUAGUGAUAGUGAUAGUAGUAGUGAACCCGAAGAACAAAGAAUAACAGUUGAAACCAAGAAAAAGAAAAACAAGCACUCUCCUGUGAUCUCCUCAGCAAAGAGACCUGUUUCUGUAGUGAGAGAAAUUCCUGGAUUAUUAGAUAACACAAGGUAUUCUAAAAAAGCUAGUAAUAACGAUAAUCUAUUUGGGGAUAUUCGUUUUAAUCCUGUCUAUGGAAAACCGAAUUUUGAAAGAAUUCGCAAUGAUUAUAAAUUUUUGGAUGACUAUCGAAAAGAUGAAAUUAAAAAUUUGCAAUCAGUAUUGAAGAAUAAAAAAUUACUUCACAAGUUAUCUGAGAAUGAAGUCAAUGAAUAUAAAUUAGAUUUACAACAGCUAAGAUCUAAGCAAGAUUCUGUUAGAAAUAGAGAUUUAGAAAUUCAAAUAAGAGAUGAGUUUAGAGAAAAAGUUAGAAACAAUAUCAAACCUAAACUCAAAUCUACUAAUUAUUAUCUAAAGAAAAGUGAUCAAAAGAAAUUGAUGCAAAUAAAGAAAUUUGAAUCCAUGAAUAAAACACAAAAGGAUAGGUUAUUAGAAAGAAAGAGAAAGAGAAAAUUAGGUCAAGAAUAUAGAAAAUUGGAAUUUUUAAAUUAA